AAAUUAUUCAAUCGACGACGUAAGCCCGUGUGGGGAGCGCGUGUGAUUUGUGUAACUUGUUUUAUGCUGGUGUGAUGCUGGUCAAUUGUAGCGGGACAUGGGUGCAGGGCUACCUAUCACACGAUGCGAAUGCAGCGAUGACGCCCGGCCUAAAGAUGGAGUCCAAAGGCACCCAGAUCCACCUGCCUCUGAUGGGUCGCGGCUCCCGCGGCGAGAUCACAGACAAGGUGCUGUUCUCGCAGGCCAAGAGCCCGCCGGUGGCUGAGCAGCUCAACAAUGGACAGCUGAUGGGUGGCUCUCAAAUGAACCUCUGCAAUGGCGGCGCGGGCACAGCAGCCAUGACAGGCCUGGUGCCCAAGAUCCCUAACGGCUACGGUGACCAGAAGAAACCCAUGGCGACCCUCACACAUCUCCCCAAAAGACCUCCAGUCGACAUCGAAUUUUCUGACCUCUCGUACUCAGUGAGCGAAGGCAGAAAGAGGGGGUACAAAGCCCUCCUCAAAUGCAUCAACGGUACAUUCCGGUCUGGAGAACUGACGGCCAUUAUGGGACCUUCGGGAGCGGGGAAAAGUACCCUUAUGAACAUUUUAGCUGGAUACAAAACUUCAAACGUCAGCGGAUCAAUACUUAUAAACGGCAAAGAAAGGAACCUACGGCGGUUUAGAAAGCUAUCAUGCUAUAUCAUGCAAGACGACUGCCUCCUACCACAUCUGACUGUCAAAGAAGCAAUGAACGUAUCAGCUAACUUGAAAUUGGGGAAAGACAUGACCGUCACUGCCAAAAAGAUUGUGAUCGAUGAGAUUUUAGAAAUGUUAGGCCUCGCUGAGGCGAGCGACACUAGAACGAUCAACCUAUCUGGCGGCCAGAAGAAACGGUUGUCAAUAGCUUUAGAGUUAGUUAAUAAUCCGCCUGUGAUGUUUUUCGACGAGCCCACGUCUGGGCUGGACAGCUCGUCAUGUUUCCAGUGCAUAUCGCUGUUGAAGUCGCUGGCGCGUGGCGGGAGAACCAUCAUCUGCACCAUCCAUCAACCGUCCGCUAGGCUCUUCGAGAUGUUCGACUUUUUGUACACCCUGGCUGAAGGGCAAUGUAUAUACCAAGGGAAAGUCAGCGGGCUGGUCCCGUUCCUCUCGUCUAUGGGCCUGCACUGUCCUAGUUACCACAACCCGGCGGAUUACGUGAUGGAAGUGGCGACGGGCGAACACGGCGACUGGGUGCACAAACUGGUGAUGGCGGUGAACAAAGGCAACUGUGGGCGAGGGCAGUCAUCAUCAUCAUCUUCGUCAUCAUCGGUCCCGCAGAACUUGAACUACAACAACCUGAGCAGCAAGAACAACACGCAGAAGGCAGAGGCACUGGAAAUUGUGAUAGAUAAGCCAACCUGUACUGUGAUAGACAUGUCCGAACCGGCUCUGAAUCCAGAAAAGCAGAACUUACCAAACGCCACCAAUCUUGCACCAGUUACUUGCACGACUUCACUCCUAGACUCGAGCGAAAGUUUCUCGAAGAAACCAGUGAAGACUGGAUUCCCUACGUCAGGGUGGAAGCAAUUCUGGAUCUUAUUGAAGAGGACUUUCCGGAGUAUACUCAGAGACCAGAUGCUGACGCAUUUGAGGCUAUGUUCGCAUACAGUGGUCGGUCUUCUCAUCGGGUUUCUAUACUACGAUAUUGGUACCGACGCGGCGAAAGUUAUGAGCAACGCUGGCUGUAUCUUCUUCACUGUUAUGUUCACUAUGUUCACUGCUAUGAUGCCUACUAUUCUUACAUUCCCUACUGAAAUGAGCGUGUUUGUGCGAGAGCAUUUGAAUUAUUGGUACUCGUUGAAGGCGUUCUACUUCGCGAAGACUAUGGCCGACUUACCAUUUCAGAUAGUAUUCAGCGGCGUAUACGUGAUGAUAGUAUACUUCAUGACAGGGCAGCCUAUGCAGACGGAGCGGGUGUUGAUGUUCGUCACCAUCAACAUCCUCACGGCUCUAGUGGCGCAGUCCCUCGGCCUCCUCAUCGGAGCCGCCAUGAAGAUCGAAACAGGCGUCUACCUCGGCCCCGUCACCACCAUCCCAGUCGUUCUCUUCUCAGGAUUCUUCGUCAACUUCAACGCAAUCCCCAGCUAUCUCCAAUGGCUGACCUACCUCAGCUACGUACGAUACGGCUUCGAAGGAGCCAUGCUCUCCGUCUACGGCUUCGAAAGAGAAAAACUCAAGUGCUCCGAGGCCUACUGCCAUUUCAGGAAACCAGACAAAUUCUUGAAAGAAAUGACCAUGGAUCAGGCGAAUUUCUGGGUGGAUGUAGGCGCGCUGUCCGCUUUCUUCGUCUUUAUAAGAGUAAUCUCAUACCUAGUUCUAAGGUUCAAGUUGAAGAUGAUGCAGUAGAUUAUGCACAAAGUUGCUUACAGCGGUUUUCCACGGAUUCUUGGGAUAUGGACGCGCGUAUUCUGCUCAAUAGCACGCCUCUGCUUUACUCGU